UAGGACAUCUGUGACAGUUCAAACACUGACCCAGGUCAUUUCGAAAUUGGUAAACAAAUACAAAUCAUUAAAUUGACUGAUGAAUAAUCCAGUUCAGUUCAUUGAAUCGAGGAGUCGACAUGCCAAAGUACGUUUACCAUUAUUUUGAUAUUCGGGGGAGGGGGGAGCCGGGGAGGAUGCUUUUUGCCAUGGCGGGGAUACCUUUCCAGGAUGAAAGGAUACCUCAAGCUGACUGGCCAAAGUACAAAGCAAAAACCCCAGCCGGUUCUCUCCCCUAUUUAGAAAUAGAUGGAACAGUUCUAACCCAAAGUCUUGUUAUAUUUCGACAUCUAUCUAGAAUGUUUGGACUUGAUGGCGACUCUUUACUGGAUAAAUCAAAAGUAGAUGAAAUUACGACAUAUCUUGCAGAGAUGAAAGAAGCAGCAUUUAAAUGUUAUCUCGGACCGCAAGAUGAGGAAUCACAGAAGACAUUAAAUGCACAAUUUGUGGAUACCGUGAAUAAGUCUUGUAAGCGAAUCAACGAAGUAAUAUCCACUAAUAAAAAUUCAGAUGGCUGGGCAGUGGGCAAAAAGCUCACUUUUGCGGAUAUAUCUAUUUUUGAGGCAUUUGACGUCGUUUUACAAGGCCAGCCGAAUAUUUUAGACAAAUAUCCACGGAUUCGGAGUGUUCGUCGUAAAGUGGAAACCCACAGCGUCAUGCAAAAAUACCUAAGUCAAAGAAAGCAAACGGCAUUUUAAAG